AUGACGAGCAUAGAAUUAAAGAAAAUGGAAGUCAAAAUAUUUUUGAAGAUAUUCAGUUUAUCUAAUAUCAAUCACAACCAUAUAUUAUAUAAUGCGGAAAGAGAUAUUUUAGUAGAUGUGAAUGUUUCUGCAGCGGAUGCUCAACGUGCCUCCACAGAUACAGUAUUUGCGAYGCAACUUUUGAACAAAUGUUUAAAUGAACAACUGCAAACAUCAACGUCCGCUGAUCUUGCUGAUGACAACGUUCAAUUAACUGAUGAAAGCACUUUUAUURAUGAAGAAUUCCUCAGUACAGAGGAUACUGCUUAUUCCAACUCCGAAACUCAAGACAGUGAAGCUUCUUUAUACAGGUGGAGUACUCCUUGUGUGUUGUUAUUAUUAGAGUCCUAUAGGUCAAUGGAAAAAGACUUUAAUAGCGGAAAAAUAUCUCAAAAGAAAAUUUGGGAAAAAGUUGCCGAAGAGUUAAAGGUAAAAGGACAUAAUGUGACUGGACCACAAUGUUCUUCUAAGCUACGAAGCUUAAAAAAGUCUUACAAAUCUAUCAAAGAUCAUAAUAGUAAAUCGGGAAAUGACAGAAGGAUUUGGCAAUUUUUUGACAUAAUGGAAGAAAUUUUUUCGAAAAAAGCUUGGUGUGAUCCAGUGGCCAUUGCAUCUUCUACAGGUCUAUCAAAAAAAACAAUUAGAAAGCAAUGAUAGUAUGGGAGGAUCUGAUAGCGGAUGUUCAAUAAAAUCAAAGAGAACACCAAUUGCCACUUUACUAGGAAAGAGGCUCAAGCAAAAAGAAGAACAUGAACUACAAAAAAGUAAAAGACAUAAAGAGCGAAUGGAGAUGGAUGAAAAACUCCUCAACGUUUUAGAAAAGUUAGCUAAUAAAUAGUGAAAUAUUUAAGUAUUAUUUAAAAAUUAGUUUUGAUAGUUUYAAAUUUUAUAAAAAUGUUUUAAACUUUAAAUAGUGAAAUAUUUAAAUAUUCUUUAAARAUAAGUUUUAAUAAUUUUAAAUUUUAUAGAAAAAARUG